AUGAAUGAAAGUAAAAAUGAUUUCUUUACUUCUUUAAGAAAGGACUUGGAAAAGGAAUUAGAAUAUUUAAAAAUAGAAAAGAAAGAGGAGAAAGAAAAUCACCAAUUAAAAUUAGCGGAAUUAAGGAAAAGUAUUUCGGAAGAAGUUGUGGAAAAGUGCGAAAAAAAUAAGUCAGAACUAGUCCAAAUACUGGAAAAAGAGAGGAGUGAUUUAAGAAAUUUUUUGAAAGAAGAAAAUAAAAAACAACUAGAGAGGUAUAGAGAGGAAGUAAUGGAAUUAGUAAGGAAAGAAUUAACCAACUUAGAAAGAAAAAAUAUCAAAAAGAUUAAGGAAUUAGAAACCAAAUUUAAGCAAUUUUAUUAUUGGUUAUUUGAUUUUAUGAACAAAAUUGAACUGACUGAAGAACAAAAAAGAUGUGUCGAAUGCCCUCUAAACAAGAAUAAGUUGAUUAUUAAUGCCGAUCCAGGCACGGGCAAAACCGAGGUCUUAAAACAUCGUGUUCUUUUUAUUCAUCAGCAAAACGAGUGGCAAAGGAAAUUAAUUUUAGUCUUAGCUUAUGGAAAAAAUAUUGCUCGAGAAAUAAGAACUAAGUUAAAGUCUGAAAAGAUAAAAGUUUAUGACCGUUUGAAAAAUAUUUUGCCUGCUUUGUCUCAUCGACACACCUGCUCUUUGGAUAACCAAAUAACCGAAAAAUACUUGGAUAAAGCCAAGAGAAAGGAGUUGUGGGAGAUUUUUAAGGAACCAGAAAAUGUCGUAUUAACAAGAAUGGUUGAGCCUUAUUAUCAUUAUAUGUUUGAUUAUGCUCCCUUUUUAGCCCAAGUUCAAGCCAUUUUCCCUGAAGAAAGAGAAUUGUUAAAAUUGUUGGAAGAAAAAUUUGAUUACAUUUUGGUUGAUGAAUGCCAAGAUUUAAAGGGGGAAGUACUGAAUUUAGUUACGGAGGUAUUUGGAAGUGAGCACGCUAAUUUUACCUUCGUGGGAGACCCCAAACAAAAUAUUAUGGGGUUUGCCGGAGCCCAGCAGGAUAUUUUUGCCUUACUAAAAGAGAAAUUUCCCAACGAGACCCAUAGUGUCAUUGCUACCAGUUUCCGUUUACCGCAAGAAAUUGCCGAGUUUGCUAAUGACUUUAUUCGCAAAUUUAUGAAUUAUCGUGAUUCAAUUCGGACUAUUAAGUCUAAUAAUGGUCAUAAACCGCAAAUAAUUAUCGUUGGACAAGAAUCAGACUAUCGAUUGAGCCACCAGGAAGAAAAAGAAGUUGACGAGGAAUUAGAACUACAAAACUCAGAAUUAACUAAAAAAAGAUCCGAGAUUAUCCGCGAAAAAAUCCGUAGCAAAAAGCUCAAAAAGCAUUUAGAUGCAAUUUUACCAAUUAUUAGCCAUGAAGCGAUAAUCACUGGUAUCAUCUACAAAGUUCGCCGACAAUUAAAAAGUUUUGGGGAGGGCAAAUCUCCCGCUUUAAGGAGCUUUUUAGCCAGUUUAAAAAUUUCCGAAAAUAGCAUUUUUCAGUUAACGGAGAUAAUUAGAAAAAUCGAUGAAGAACGAAAAAUUGGAACUUACCUUACUUUGGAGGAAAUUAAUAAAUUCAUUGCCCGAUUGGAAGAAGAGAUUAUGAAAAAUCAUCAAGGAAUUACUCUUUCUACCAUUCACGGUAUGAAAGGAUUAGAAGCCGAUCAUGUUUUCCUUAUCUUUUGUGAUAAAAAAGUCUUACCCCGCAAGGAGCAAUUUGCCAAUGAAUGGGAAGAACGGGAAGAAAAAAAUCUGUUUUUUACCGCAAUAACCCGUCCUAAAAUAAGGCUGUACAUAACCACCAGCUCUUCCGAAGAACGUUCGGAUUUUAUUAAGGAUUCUAACCUAAACUUGGACUUGGACAAAAUAGAUGACAUUAAUGAUAAAGUUAAGAAAAUUCAAGACUUAGAAAAAAAACGCAAAAAGUUAGAGAUAGACUUUAAGUUGGUGUCCGAAGAAGCUAAACGGGGAGAAAUAGGAGAAAAAAUAGAGAAGGUGAAUCAAGAACUGCAAGCCGAAACGGAAAAAAUUGCUAACUCGCGAGUUAAGGAAAUUACUAUCAGACUAAGGGAUAACCCCACUAAUGAAACUAUUGCCCACGAUUUAAAAGUUCGUCGUUCCUUACCCAGAACAGCCCGAAAUCCUCAGACUGGUAAACCAAUAGCAAUUAAAGCAAAAAACAGAAUAAGUUUCCGGGCUAGAAGCCAAGAAGUAGGAAAAACUACUCUUUUUCGGCAUUUAAUCAAAAAUUCCGCUAAUGAAAGAAAAGGAGAUAUUAAGUCAAGCCCACUAAUUAACUAUACCGAAAGUUUAGUCAAAAUAGGAAAUAAUGUUUAUAAGUUAAUUGAUACUCCCACUUUUAUUCUUUCCCCCAAAACAGAAAUAGAAAAGGGAAUUAAAGAACAAACCGAGGAUUUAUUAAAGGAAAGAACUAAUAUCGGCAAAUUAAUAAAGCAAAUAACUACUCUUUUGCCCCACUCUUCUGGCGAAGACACUAACCAAAAAGAAAAUCGAUCAAAAUUACUUAUUUUUGGCCCACCUAAUUCCGGUAAAUCUACUCUUAUGAAUUAUUUGCUGAAAGAAAAUCGUUCUUUGGCUACUCCGAUUGCUGGAACUACCCAAGAGCCGGAGAAAGAGGAGUUAAAAGAAGAGUUAAAAAGUCGAUUAAAAUCACUGGGUUAUGUACCGAUAAUUUAUAUCUCGGCUUUAAAAGGAGUAGGAAUUAAAUCACUGUUAAAAGUCUUAGAAAAAAUGUUGGAACAAGCCCAGAAAAAACUUUCUAAAAAAGGACUAGCCGAUACAGUAGAAAAAAUGCUCCUUAAUAAUCCACCCAAAAAUUUUAAGGCCUCUGCUAUCAAAAACGAGUAG